AUGGCUACUCAUUCCAGACAAGAUGUUGGUAGCAACGAUUCGGAAUCGAAUCAGGCGAGACCAAGCACUGCUCCUCCAUCUUGUGACGACGAGACAUCCGCAAUUGCCGAGCAAUCAGAUUCCCACGAUGGGACUAUUCAUACAUUUUCUGUCCAGUGGCCUGCAAACCAAGUGCCAGUUGAAAUCUUCGAGAUCAUAAUCUCACACCUUGCACGUCUCGAAGUUAGAUGCUUGCGACUCGUUUGCAAGGAAUUUGAGGCCAAGGUCUCUGCGCAAUAUUUUCGGAACGUUGUGGUGCCUUUCAAAUCCGAGCUUUAUAGUAAAUUAGAUCGUGAUGAGAACGGCGCCCUCAAACGCACUUCUUCCGCUCUCCUAUCUAAUGGAAUGCGUAUCUUCCAAUCCUUUGGCCCGCACAUUCGACGCUUUGCGCUCUCGUUGGAGCUUGAUGAAGAUACUCUCUCAUACCCCCCAGUCAAACCUUCACAGGAAGCUGUGCCAUCUUUCUGGGGUAUAUACCGCUGGCCCCAUGACACAUAUCACCGGUAUACCGACCUUGAGGGCCUUGAGCAGACUGCUGAUGAAACUGAGGCCAUGAAAGAGGCACUUAAAUGCUUGGUCAAGGUCUCAAAUCUUGGAAUCUGCUGUGAUGCUGGUCUUGGAUUUCUAUUGGGACCGGAUCAUAUAGCACGCAACGCUGCCGCUACUACUAUUGACCCUGUGUUUGCAACCCAGAAUUGGCGUAUCACCAACUCUGAACUUCAACAGAAGAAGCCGACCAUCGUCAGCCUAUCGGAUUUCCACGAACUAGUCAAAGAUCUCAAGAAGCCUGUCUUUGAAAACCCCAUGAGUUUCAAGCAAACCGUAUUGCAAAAGAUGGUGUCUGAUGCUGGCUAUCGAGACGAUCAAAUUAACGAUGCUGUGCGCAUGAUACUCGACACAGAAGGCACUGAUCUCAACACCAUUGACUUUGACGAGAGGGCCUCCCUGCUUAAUGAUUCAGAAUCUCGAAUGCCAUUGUUGUUGAGCAACCGUGCCGACUUCGAACCUGUCGUUUCAGAAAUGGCAAGUCAUGCACUCAUUCCUUCGAGUCUGACCAGAGCACAAAAGGAAAUGCUUCUAGAGCUUGAAUGGGCCCACCGGGCUAUGAUACAGUCCUAUGUGAUUGGUCUAAUCGACAAUGCUCGAGCUGACAGCUUCAUGAAUUUGACAACACUCACGAUUGCCAAAAUCCCCAGCAGCCACGUGUACAUCUUCAGUCGUCACGAUCUUUGGCAAAAUCUACCUUCUCUCAACAAUGUCUCAUUGGGCGUUAUCGCAGACUGGCGACGUGUCUCUAAAACUGCCCCUGGAUGUGUUGAAGACAUUCCACUAUCUCCUGUCGAUGCUGUCAGGAAGGUGUACCAGCUACUCAACAACUAUAUCGGCGCCCAGACCAACAUCGAAAGCCUUCACUUCGAAUGGAUUUGUGGUGGGGAGUUUGCGCCCUCGACGUUCCAGCGAAACCAUUACAUUCUUCCAGCUCCUUUCUUUGAAGACCCUGAGCUCAUGACACGGGUUGAUAGCCCCAGAACUCAUCAAAAUGAUAUCCUGGUCCUACCUUUUGUUAAGCAUUUGUCCUUGAAGAAUUGUUGGGCUUCACCUCACGUCUUCCUUCAGACAAUACGCAACAUGGCUCUCUCUACACUCGAGAAACUUGACCUGGAAUCUGUGUCAAUUUCUGGCCCCCCAACUCUCACUCCACAAGCUCCUCUUCAUGGGCAUCUGAAUAUAAAUGCUGCUCAUAUACUGGGCUUCUUCGCUUUGCCGGCCCAGGUACACCCUCACCCUACGGCAAAUACCCAUGGGCCUCCUCCUCCGCCGCCACCAAUGGCCCAGAUGUUCCAGAUGUAUCAAAACCAGAUGCAAGGCAACAACGCGCCACAGGACCCGGCAGGUACACCAUCAGAAACCUUGCAGCAGCCUGAACAACUUUCAUGGGCAGGCAUCAUAGAACACUUCUCCCCCAGUGUUAAAAUCCAGGACAUCUUGGCCGCCAGAGAUGAGACUGGUUCUAGUUCGGCUGAUCAAAUAAUAUUCAACCAGCCAGAUCCAAUGGGUCAACACAUACCAUCAUCACAUCGCCUACGUUCUGAUGCGAAGAAGUACACUCUGAAGUGUCUUUCAUUCAAAUCAUGUGGUUAUGUGUCAGUCGACAUGGCGGAUAUAAAUACCAGGAGCAUUUUACCCUUUGGUACUCAAGGUCUCGCUGGUAAUGGAAACCCUCAUAGCGCGAAUCUGGGACCUCUGAUGAUGAAAUGCCGUGACAGGCUCCUAGGUCGCAUUGCACCUUUCAUACGAUCCCAGGAGUCAUUUCAACUCACCGAUGCCUUUGGUCUGGAUAUGGGGUGGGAAAACAUCUACGAUCAACGCACAAUUUCUGAUGCUAUUGGCGAUGGCGUUGAGAGCCCUGGAAGAGGGCGCUUUUCAGGCACAAUCGAUGCGAUGCUGCCAGCAGUGUAG